UUAUGCAGCUUUCUCCAUCCGGCUGACACCAAGAACCCUAAGCUACUGAUGUGGUUGUGCAAGGAGGAAGUAAGAGAAAGGGAUUCAGAUAAAGACGGAAAGAUUAGCUUCAAAGAGUUUUUCCAUGGACUCUUUGACACAGUGAGGAACUACGAAGAGGAAAGUCACAAUUCUUCACAUCCGCAUCACGACUUGCCUGAAGGUCCGGCAAAACAACUGUUUGGUCAGCUUGACAAAGAUGGCGACGGGUACUUGUCGGAUGCUGAAUUGCUUCCUAUCAUUACUAAAAUCCAUCCUACCGAACGUUAUUACGCAAAACAACAAGCCGAUUAUAUUAUAUCUCAGCCCAUCAAUAAGAAGGCGCCGAAAGGAAUCAGAAGAUAUACCUCAGAAUCUGAGAACCAAGAAAGCAAAGACAGUGAGAGCCAAACAGAUUCCUCCUCAGACAAGAGUAUCCUUCAGGAAGUAAAGGAACUCCGGUCUGAUCUAGAACCUCUCUGCCUGACAGCGGAGAAAACAACGGCUGUAUACGAUGUGAAAUCGUCGAUCUUCUCAUCAUCCCCUGUAAUUGUACCCUUCACCAACUUACUGAGAAAAGGUUGGACUCCAUAA